GCCGGAUGUGACGUAGGAAACACAGCUCCGGGACCGCGUUGGAUGUCUGGUUGAAGAGAUGAGCGGUGAGAACGUGAAGUUGUUUGUGGGGAACCUUCCUAUAGAUGCAACACAGGAUGAGCUCAAUAAGCUCUUUGCCCCGUAUGGAGAGAUCAACACAUGCUCUUUGCUCAGACAGUAUGCCUUCGUCACCCUGAAGGGAGAGGGGGCAGCUGACAGGGCCAUAAGGCAUCUAGAUGGUAAAGAGUACAGAGGCAGGCCCCUGGUGGUUGAGGAGUCCCGUGCACGCCCACCCAACUCUACUAAAGUUUUUGUGGGAAACCUCAGUGCAACAUGUUCAGCAGAUGACCUGCACGGGCUUUUCUCAACCUUUGGAAGAGUUUUAGACUGUGAUAAAGUCAAAGCAAGAUUAUGUUCCAAUGUUGGCUAUGCAUUUGUGCAUAUGGAGAGAAAGGAGGAGGCCCUUGCAGCUAUUGAGGCACUCAAUGGGACCAUGUACAAGGGCCGUCAGCUGGCAGUGGAGCUGUCCAAAGCCCAACCUUUGAUCAAUCAGAUUGUAACUACUGGUGGCAGGGAGGGUCUUCUCCCACGACCACCUCCAUCAUUAGAGCAUCACCAGAGUCAAGCAGCCGUUCUAGCAGCAGCUGCAGCAGCCGCAGCUGGACUACCCAUUCAAGUUCAACAAAGUGUCCAUAAUUCAUUCUACAACACCACAUCUUUUGAUCCAACAUAUGCCGCUCUGAAGGGAAUUACAAGCUCUAAAGGUGCCGAUGGUGUGAUAUACGGUGCUCUGGCCAGUCAGGUGUAUGGAUCUGUUGCUGACCAGGUGUACCAUGAUAUAACAAAUCACAGUGCUGGAUCCAGUGUUGUUCCUGAAGAAGUAGAACCCCAGACUGCACCAGAUCCAACAACCCUUUUUGAGGCAGCAAGAGCCAAGUUCUUUCAGGAGGGACAGAAGGUUCUGGCAGAGCAGCAGGCUGGGAGGAAGGCAGCAACUACAGAAAAUGAGCGAGACCGCAGCCCAAUCAGGGGUAACAGAGCCCCGCUCCUACCUGACCCUGUACCAGGUUCCUUCGCUCAGAUAAGACCCAAACGCCGCGCCCUGCUGCCAACACCACCUGGAGUGCCUGAAGAGUCGGCGGCUGCAACCACUGCACCUGAAGGGUCAGAUCCUGUAGCUAGGUCGUAUUCAGAGUACUACCAGCAAAUGCACCAAUAUCAACAGUAUCAGCAGUACCAGCAACAGUACCAGUACCUCCAGUAUGCCUACACCAAUCCUCCUCCUCCUCCACCACCUCCUCCUCCCCAACCAGCCACCACACAGCCACAGGCCUCCACUACAGUACCGGCACCCCCAGGGACGUACACUGCACCUCCAACCUAUGCUGCAUCAAAUGCCUACCCACCACCGGGAACAUAUGACGCUUCUGGAGGGUACGACACCUCAUCUGGGAGCUACACUGCUUCAUCCGGGAACUACGAUUCCUCGUCAGGAAGCUAUGACACAUCCGGAGGCUACAGGGCAGCAGGAGCAUAUGAUUCAUCGGGAGCUUACGCAGCAACAGGAAGCUACUCCGCAUCCACACCGUAUGAGCAGACACCCGCACACGGGCAACCCAUGCCCCAGCGCAAUGAUUACCCUUACCACACGCCAGAACCCCCUUAUCGAUAGUCCCAACCCUAAACACUCCUUUCAUUCUGCAGAUGUAUGAGUGAGUGUGUGUUUGUGUGAGUGUGUCUGCGUGUGCACAUGUGUAAUAACUAAAGGGACAGUUCAAAGUGGAAAAUUAGACAGGGAGCAAGGUUGUAUUUGGAGUGCGCUUCAAAACUCAGAGUCUCAAACUAGCUUUGCUGUUAGUUGUUGGCUUUUGAGUAAAGUUGGUGGAUUAUAAGUUAAGGAGGUCUCUAGACUAGUAGAGAUAAGUGGCUGACUGAAGCAUUGUCAACAUUUACAGUAUCUGUUGGUUUCUUCUUGAAUGUUAAAGAAACUGAAAUGUUUUUCAGUGUGAAAUCAAACCAGGGAAACAGGGAAAACCUUUUAUUUGUUCUAAAUAAAACCCCUUUAUAUAAUCUACCUACACAAAUUUGGAUGUCCUUCCAGAAUAGUAUCACAAAACGAAUAGUCCAAAGGUCAAACUAGUAAAUCAUCUAUCAGUCUUAACAUUAAAAGCCUGAAAAAUAGCACAUGCCAGCCAAAGGGAGGAGCAGAACUGAGGUGAAAUUGGGUUAUUGCAGUUACCUUCUCCCAGUUGCCGUUGCCUUUAUUGAAGAAUAUUGUUUUGUAAAGAUUAAAAAUGUUAAUGUCCAGAUUGUGUUUUGAAUAAGUUUCACACAAGUGUCACACUCUUAGUAGUGAUAAACACGUUUUGAUCUUAAUUAUUGGUCAAGGAAAGCUUUUCUAUGACUGGAUCACUCUGCAAGAGUUGAGGGUUAACCUGUCUCCUGAUGUUCAAGCAGCUGUCUAACAAAGGUUGCUACUAUGUGUUUGUGGUUGGAUUUUGCCUGCUGGUAUUAGAGGUUUUUCAAGCCUGUAUUUGUUGUUGACAGAGGCCAUUUUUCUAUAUUUUGAAGAAUUUACUGUACUUACCAGUCUUUGGUUAUGGUUGGCUGAAGGUUUGUAGUAGAGAGCGAACAAACACUAGGGUUAAGGUACAAGGUUGUUGUUGAAUCAUUGUUGCUUUCAAAUUCAAAGAAUCUGGCCAAAUUUAAGCCCUUUUUCUUGCAUGGCCCAGAAGUAAACAAGCCAGUCAAGAAGAAAUUGUCUCCAUCCAUCUAAGAAUGAAUUACAUCCCUUGCCUCUGAAUCUUAAGGACACAGCUUUUAAAGGAAUUUUAUUGUAAAUUCAUGUACCCCUCUUUCCUUAAGUUUUAGGCUGAGAUGCUCUCAGAGCAUCCCGUGCUAUAGAAAGCGUCUCUCUCUAAGGGCUUCCCUCAGUAGAAACCAGAUAUUUCACUUUGUGCUGACUGAAGAGGCGUUGUGUUUGGGUUUCUGAGUUUUGGAAAAGUUAGCAGCAAGCAUUAUUUGGCUUAUGAUGCACAAAAAGUCCCAGUAUAAUGUGUUCUUCAAUAUCCUAUCAAUUUUGUGCUGUUUUUGAUCAUUAGCUUUUGUUCCUCAUAUGCCGUCAACAUGCCUUCCCUCUUACGGGUGAUUUAGAGGGAGAAGUUGAGCUUGUUUUCAUACCAGGACUGUGAAAUUUCGUAGUUGUGUGAAUAUGUAAAACCUUAAAAUGAAAAAUAGUUCCGGCCAACAUUUGGUUGAACAAGAAAAUUACUGACUGUUAAUGUUAAGAUGAAGUGAUUGUAUUUCUUCCCCAGCAGUUUAAAAUGGAGAGAGCAGGACAAUUGAGAUGUGGUAUUUUGUUUGUAUAGGGAAAAGAAGAGAAUCUGUUCUGUGGCAGUCACUGAACGGAUGACCAUCGUUCUUAAGUCUUCAGAAAGUGGUGGGUGUUUGCAAACAUGCUGUUGAAUUGAAGAUUACAUUUAACUUUGAAGUGCAGAUUUGUAAAAUGGGGUAAGACAGUACAUUUGUAUUUGAGCUGAGUGCAGGCACAAGAGUUUUUCUUGUAAAUGCUAUGCAGAGGUGUGUUGCUGAUGUUUGUAGGGUCAUUGACUGAAGGAUUUGAGAUGACAGUCUCAGUGCUGCAGGUGAAAAUAAAGGUUGUUUUCGCUUUAUGAAAGGCCUCUGAAAUUGCCGAGCAACAGUGAAAGGGAACAACGACCUUUCCCUUUUCCCUCUUCUGAUCUCACCAGAAACACACACUCUUACACACACACAAACACCUUAUUUUGACAUUUUGGCUUUUUCUGCAUUGAUAAUAUAACUCCUCAACAACUCCACUCAUGCAUCUAGAUGUACUAUAACUGGGUAAUUUCAGAAACAUGCUUAACUAAUACAAAUGCGCACCUGAUUCCACUUGUAUUUUAAAUGACUUGUAGAGUUUGUUCCGUUUGUGAUUGUACCACACUCUUGUUACUCAUCUUAUUUAUUUAUCCACCUAAGUUGGUAGUGCUUUUUUAGGCUUAAGUGACACACAGCCUCUCUAAAUUUCCACAUUAUUCCACCUUCUUCCAUGUGAACUGUUAGUUGCAUGCCUUGUUGUUGCUGCUGCUCCAGCCACCUUCUUCCUCUUGCUGAUUAUUGCAGCUAGAGUGGGAGGGAGCCAAACUGAGCCCUUGCCCUGGACGUACGCCACACGCAGCUCUAGCGUGGGAUGGGGAAAACAGCAGCGUUAGGCCUGAAAAUGCUGUGGACGAUGGGGUGUCCCCCUCUAAGGUAAACACUCAGACCACACACUUCUGCCCCUCCCCGAAAACAUGUGUACAAAUAAACACACUCAUACACUCACACAGAUACACCUGUGUCGAUACCUCUGUUCCUUACCUUUCUCUGAGGAUUUAUUUGUCAGGAUUUCAGAUUUUUGAAAAUGGAUCCAUCCGUCAUUUUUAUAACAGAAGAUGACCUCCCCUUUCGGUUGUCCUGAUCAAUUCCCAAAUUUUCUUCAAUCCCUCCCAAUACAUUCCUGCUCACACAAACAUUUGAAGGAGAUGUCUUUUAGUCUAAACGGAGCCCUUUCUAGGCCGUCAUGUUGAUUUUAGUACAUCUUGUAUCUGACAGCCUGUCAUCCAAGACAACCAGGCAAUCACAGCCAGAGCUGGACACGGGACAUUUAGCCAAAAUGGGUUGUUUUAGUUUUUAUAAAUGCGCCCUUGGGGCCACUUUGGGGUUAAGUGCCUUGCUUGAGAGCACAUUGGUAGGCCCUUUAUUUCAGAGUCGAAUUCCCUGGCUCAGGAUCGGUUGCUGGUUCAACGCUCAGCUCCCCCUCGCCCCUAAAACAACAAUUUUUGAUGCCACAUUCAACUUGUAUGAAAGACGAUGAACACAAAUAUUUCUUUUUGUUUUAAAUUACAUUUUGUCUUAUGUUCUUU